UUAUUAAACAAAACGUGUAACGCGUGCGUUGAACGCCCAAUAGUAGUUUGGCCAGCGAUUUGCCAGAGGAGGCGCAACAAAACUGGACAUAUAAACCCUGCAACUUAGCCACCAUACAGACCCAUCCAACCCACCAGCCUACCAGUCCAGCCCAGCCAGACCAGCACAAUGAUCAACAUGGACAUCAGCGUGACCCCCAACUACUCGUACAUCUUUGACUUCGAGAACGACUUCAUCCACCAGCGGACACGCAAAUGGAUGCUGGAGAACUGGACAUGGGUGUUCUACUACUGCGGCAUCUACAUGCUGGUCAUAUUCGGGGGUCAGCACUUUAUGCAAAAUCGGCCGAGAUUUCAACUUCGAGGUCCUCUGAUCAUAUGGAACACAAUGCUGGCCAUGUUCAGCAUCAUGGGUGCUGCUCGUACUGCCCCGGAGCUGCUGCACGUGCUGCGUCACUACGGACUCUUCCACUCCGUUUGUGUGCCCAGCUACAUCGAACAAGAUCGCGUUUGCGGCUUCUGGACCUGGCUCUUUGUGCUCAGCAAGCUGCCGGAGCUGGGCGACACGAUAUUCAUUGUGCUCCGCAAGCAGCCUCUGAUCUUCCUGCAUUGGUACCAUCACAUCACCGUGCUGAUCUACUCGUGGUUCAGCUACACGGAAUACACCAGCUCGGCACGCUGGUUCAUCGUGAUGAACUACUGCGUCCACUCGGUGAUGUACAGCUACUAUGCCCUGAAGGCGGCCCGCUUCAAUCCGCCCCGGUUCAUUGCGAUGAUCAUCACGUCACUGCAGCUGACGCAGAUGAUAAUCGGUUGUGCGAUCAAUGUGUGGGCCAACGGAUUCCUGAAGACACACGGCACCCAGUCAUGCCAUAUCUCGCAGCGCAACAUCAACCUCUCGAUCGCCAUGUACUUCAGCUACUUUGUACUGUUUGCGCGCUUCUUCUACAAGGCUUACCUGGCGCCCGGCGGUCACAAGAGCCGGCGCAUGGCUGCCUCCCUGGCGGCCCAGAAUGCGGUCAAGCAGUCGAGCAGUCCGCCCCAGGACAGGGAUGUCACCUCAAAGUUCAUGGUUGGCGGCGAGGAUCAGGCCGCCUAUCUGCGCAAGACCAAGGCGCAGUAAAGGAGACCGACCUACCCAUAUCCCCUACCUACCAUUUCCCUAUCACUCUCCCUGUUAACGGCUAAGGACAUUUAUUUAUGUAGCGAGGUGUACGAGUUGUUUUUUAAUUUUAAUCCCGGGUGGCACACACACUGUAACUGCAACACACACACGGUUGGAUUGUCGGGAGACAGUUUAAUUUUUAAUUUAAGAAAAAAGUUGUACCGACACAGGCAUGCAAGCGAUACUUUAUAUAUCUUGAAAGUGUAUAUAAAAAAAAAAUAGAAAGCAAAAGCAUAUA